AUGGCUAAACCUGUCGAGCAAAAGCAAAAAAGAGGGCCCUCAGGUCUCUUGAAAUCUUACUUGAUCGCAUACAACUUUUCAUCUCUUGCUGGUUGGGCUUAUGUCCUCUUCUUGGCAAUUGCUCAAGUUGCAAGCACUGGCUCAUAUGAGAAUGUGUUUGAGGUGACCUGGCCUGUCUUGAUUGUAGUUCAAUCAACUGCAUUGUUUGAGAUUGUCCACGCUUUGUUGGGUUGGGUUAGAACCCCCAUCAUGACGACUGUCAUGCAAGUAUUCUCUCGUAUUUUCUUGAUCUGGGCCGUGAACUACCCCUUCCCUCAAAUCCACUCCCAUUGGUCUUAUACAACCAUGGUUAUCUCAUGGUCAAUCGCUGAAGUUGUGAGAUAUUCUUACUAUGCUACCAACUUGGCCUCAUCGGUCCCUGCCUUCAUUACCUGGGCUCGUUAUACGUUCUUUCUUGUCUUGUACCCCACAGGUAUUUCUUCUGAAUUGAUCAUGAUCUAUCAAUCUUUGUCUUAUGUCAAGGCUGCAUGGGGUGAUUUGUAUUAUUAUGCCUACAUCGCUGUCAUCAUCCUUUACGCUCCUGGAUCUCCUGUCAUGUACAACCACAUGAGAAUUCAACGCAACAAGUACCUCAAAGAAUCAACAAAGAAGGAUAAUUAG